GGGGUGGGAAAAGCUGGCAGUCAUUCGGCGGCUGUCGGAGCAACGACGCCCGUGAGGGACAGUGCCCGCCUCCUCCGUAGUGGCCCUAGCAACCGAGUAAUCGACAUUUAACUGCAAAGUCCUGCACCGGGUCAGCAGCUCGGAGUGGAUUGUAGUUACCGUGUUAGGUACUGCUCCUUCUUUCUCCCGCGGCCCCAGUGGGAGAAAAGCAGAUAAUUGAAGAGUUGAAGGCAGCGCGAACUGGGCAGAAGGUGGAGCUACAGGGCUAGGGGUGGUCGCCUUGGAAGAACUCGAGAACAGGGACGUUAAAAGCACAGGGGGAGCAGACGGGUGCAGGGCUUCUGUUUCUUCAAACACCCUUUUGCUGUUGGACUGUUGGAAACACGUCGCUGAAGCUCUUGUUAACGGUUUCAUAACUGCAUUCCUGUUUUGCAGCUGGCCUCACAGGAAUUGUCACUUCAACCCCCCUAGUUGCUCUCCAAUAGAUUUUUCUGAGGCUUCUGACCAAGCCUGAAAGCAUUAACUUUGGAAAAUGUCAGAUGAGGAACCUGAAGAUGCCAAUGAUACCGAAGAAGAAGUUGAAGAAAAGAAAGAAGAAGGGGAAGGGGAAGGGGAGGAAGAAGAGGAAGAGCCCCAGGUUUCAAACCCUCUCACUGAGGAGAUGUUGAAGGAUGGCCUCUCACUUUUAUGUAAAAUUGGCAAUGGCCUUGCUCACGCCUUUGUGAAGUUAGAGGUCAAAGAAAAAGAACUGACAGAUAUCACUCUCAUCCAAAAUUUCAUCCAUUUACGGUAUGUAGACCUGUCAGACAACCUGCUCCGUGACCUCUCCCCAUUGGCAUUUCUCACACACUUGCUGUGGCUGAAAGUGGAUAAUAAUCGGUUAAUCAGCGCCAUCAUAGAAGAGUUGCCAUACCUGCAGAUUGCAAGCUUUGCCAACAACCACAUCAAGGACUCUAAUGGCAUUGUGCACCCACGUUUGACCAGCCUUAACCUGAGAGGUAAUGCAAUUGAGCUAAUAUCAGGACUGAAUCCAAAUAUAUUGUCAAAUCUGCACACACUAGAGUUGCGAGGAAACGCUCUAAAGUCUACAGCUGGACUCUACUUGCCCAAGCUCAAAAACCUGUACCUGGCCCAGAAUGCUAUUUUUCACCUAGAGGACCUGGAAAAUCUGGAGCAACUCACAACUCUACACCUACGUGACAAUAUGAUUGAAGUGUUGGAUGGCUUCUCAAACAACAUGAAAUCUCUUCAGUACCUCAACCUACGGGGAAAUGCAGUUGUGCAAAUCCAGGAACUGGAAAAGUUGCAAGUGCUACCUAUGUUACGAGCCCUGAUCAUGUUAGACAAUCCUUGUUCUGAUGAGUCGGAAUACCGUAUAGAAGCCCUGGUACUCCUCCCACACCUUGAGCGCCUCGAUAAAGAUUUCUUUGAGGAAGAAGAACGGAAUGAGGCUGCAGAUAUACGUCAGCGGCGAAAGGAAGAAGAGCUGGAAUUAGAGAGAGAAAAAGAAAGAGAGAAGGAGCUUGAAGAAGCAGAGGACACCACCCAAGAAGAGUUAACAGCCAAGUGACAAGUAGAUGUCAGUUCCCAGGGAAGAGUAGGAGCUGUACGCUGCCUUCCAGAGUCUUCUUCCCUGUGUUGUUCAGCUCUGACCCAGAUAGCACUAAUCUUGGCAUGUCACAAAGAAGGGUGUUGUAUAGUUCCUGGAUAGAAGCAUAGUGGGUAGCAUUUGUGGGUGGUUGUCUUUCUUUCAAUAAGUUGUGAUUGAAGCAUUUGAAUAAAAAAGAGUCUGGCGAAG